UUGAAUUCAUUGUAUUGUCCUCGCUGUCUAGGUCACCAUCCUGGAGCGCAUUCAAGCAUGACACCAAAUCGGUGACCCAGGAAGUCAAAUAUGCUGUAGAGGGCUUUUCCAAACAAACGCAGUCGAUGUAAAAACGACUGAGUCAUUCGCGUGGCAUUGUCACUAUUGACUAUUGUAUACAUAUAGGCGCACGGAGAACUGAUUCUUGCCAUAGAAACAAGCAAACAAUCAAACAAACAGGCAUGGGAAAGGCAAAGACCAAACUGACAGCAGUGGCUGAGAAGUUCCGUAAAUUGGACAAGCGCUUUAGAGAUGGCUCCGACCUGGAUAUUGUAGCGAGUGGUUAUGCGAAAAGUCUGAUUCAUGCUAUCAGUCAUAAAGAUAAGAUUUUAAAGUGUGAAGCAUUGAAGAGCUUAGGAGACGUGUACCUUCAAAAGGCAAAGACUAACGACGACAAGGCAGAAAACUUUAACAAGGCAUGUGCGUUGUAUAAAGAACUCUUGCGGUAUUAUAGAAGUAAGGACGAGAGGGAAACGAUAAAGCAUCGUAUCAAAUACGCAGAGAAAUGCACCAGACUUAGUCACGUGCAAGAGUAUGCGAAAUCGGGGGAUGCGAACUUGGCCAAUAAUACAUUAGCUGUGGCCAUGACACUUUAUGAAGUGGGCAAGAAAAGUAUGAUGAAAGGACAAAAUGUGAAGACAUUGAUCGAAGUUUAUACAAAAUCCUUUGUGCAAGCCGUCGUGGGUAGAAACAUUCACCUUAAGAUGGAAUCAUUGAAGAGCCUUGGAGACCUGUACCUGGAGAAGGGAAGGGUUGUCAGGAACGAGGCGGCAUUCACCAAAGCAGCUGGCCUGUACCGAGCGGCGCUGGACCGCUGUGAAGAUUCAGAUGGCAGAGAAACACUGAAGCACCGCAUCAAGUAUGCAGAGAAGGUCAAGGAAAAGGCAAUGAAGAAGCGACGUCCGAAAACAGCACAACAUGGAAACAGAAAAGCUGGCGAUGACAUCACUACACAUCAAACGGCCUUUGGCGCCAUCAAUCAGAACAACAGCAAAGGUACAUACAAGAACCAUCUACAGGAGGGCUGCAGAGCCCUGCAGACAGGGGACCUGGACACAGCAGAACAACACUUUGCGGCUGCGCUCAAAUCUGUCCAUGUCAAAGAUUCAAAUGAAGCACAACACAGGAAAGAGGCAGAACCCCUGUACAAGUUGAGCGACGUCUACUUGACGAGAGGGAUGCGAUCAAAAGACGGAGCAGAAUUCACCAAGGCUGCAGCACUCUGUAAUGCAGCACUGGUCAGAGCAAGGGCGGAAGAUACAGAAGGCAUUAAGCAAACAAUUCAAGAAAUUAACAAGUCAUUUGUUAAACACGUGCUGAGUCAAGAACAAGUGGUGGACACCGGGGACGCGGAGAAACACGAAUUGAUGUCGAAGAAACAUCGAGACCGUGUAAAAGCAGAAAUGAAAAGAAUUGAACGAAAGUCAGACCCUUACAGUCUUGAUGAUGACGACCCAAAAUUGAGAAAAGUGGAGAAAAGGAGGGCUGAAGAAAUCAAAGCCUUGUUCAUCAACCUGGGAGAAACCAUUCUCCCGGCCAUGGCGAUCAAGUCUCUGAAUGAUUUCCAGUCGAACGACCCCCUGGACAACUGGUUCUACGACUCUGUCACACCGCGCGGGUUUUCGUUUGAUGGAGCCAUGCCGCAUGCAUGUAAAACUCCACUGGGGAGAGUGUCGUGUUGGGCGCUACUCCGGAACAUACAUCCGACCACAAUCUGGGAGACCAUAGAGAAGAUGCACAAGAACGGAGUCAUCAGCAGUGAGAACGCGCAUCACCUGAUGGUGCUGAUGAUGCGGAGCAUCUAUGGUGAGAACACCGUACGGCCAGACAUUGCUCAAGCACUUCGCAGUUUAGGUGACGCCUGGUACAAACUUGCUGAUCACAGAAAGGCCGUGGGCUAUUUCGAGCAGUCGCUACAAAUGCAGAAAAACAUCUAUGGCGAGAACGCUGUACAUCCUGACAUUUCCAUGUCGCUUAGUAGUUUAGGGCACCCUUUGAUGAGCCUUGGUGAAUACAGAAAGGCCGUCAGCUAUUACGAGAAGUCACUGCAGAUGGACCAAGUUAUCUACGGUGGGGACACUGCUCACCCUGUCAUUGCCUCGUCAUCGAAUAACUUGGCGUUAGCCUGGUGGAAACUCGGUAACCACGGAAAGGCCAUCAACUAUCACGAACAGUCACUGAAGAUACAGCAAAUCAUCUAUGGUGAGGACGCUGUACAUCCAGCUAACCACCCGCUCUGGGUAUAUAAGGAGCUGCGGGAGAUAAGAACUCAGUACUUCUUCCCGCCCUAUAGAGAUAAGGUGCUAGUUAAGACGUCUUGUGAGGAAUCUCAGAACAGAAGGAGUAGGCCCGGGGAUGCCAAGAUGCCGUGGACUCAGGUUGUGUAUUUAUUGUGCGGACUCGUGGUGCUGAUUCUCACGUUGUGCAAUACCGCUGCAGCUCGGGCCGUGGAAGGGACCGGGAGCCUAACGGACUCUGGGCGGGACGGGGUGGCGCAUGCCGCCGAGGAGUUGGAGCGGAGCGUCGCGGUGGUGCGCCGGCUGGACGGGCGCUGCACCGGCUGCAAACAUUUCCGCAAGCGGAGCAUACCGGACCGGGCUACUGGCGGGGACGUGCUCGGGACAGGUGCAGGGUCCUCCCGAGGACACGGGUACGAUUUAGCUUGGGAAACUGUUGCGUACGAGCUGCGCGCCUUCGGGAGAACGUUCGUGCUAAACCUGACCCAGGAUUCCGACUUCAUCUCGCCCGGAUUUGUGGUACAACACGUGGGGGAGCCUGUUGGGGAAGACGCCGGUUCUGAACCCACCGACUUACAACACUGCUUCUACAGCGGGAGGGUGAACUCUGACCCGCAGUCCGCGGCCGUGCUCAGCGUGUGCGACGGACUGCACGGCAUGUUCUACACGCCAGGCGCCGAGUACUUCAUCCAGCCCGUCCGCGGGGAUGACCCCGAUGCCGGCCCGCCGGCUGACGGCACGCACACGGUGCACCGGCGGAGCGCGAGCUCCCCAGCCCCGCCGGUCAGAUGCGGUGUGAAGGACAGAACCAAACGCCGCCAGUCCUCCACUCACUCAUCGCGUCGUCUCCAUGGCGACGACGGAAGCGGGAACCAUGGCAACGCCCGUCUCCAUGGCGACGAGGAUGAGGAAGGGUCCGGACGGAGGAGGAAGCGGUACUCUUCCCGCCCUCUGCACGUGGAAACCAUGGUAACGGCUGACAGGAGGAUGGCGUCGUUCCACGGACGGGACCUGCAGCAUUACGUGCUGACGCUCAUGGCCAUGGCGGCGCGCAUCUACAGGCACCCCAGUCUGCAGAGCGACAUCAACCUGCACGUGGUGAAACUCGUCAUCCUCAACUCGGACAGGGACGGGCCGCAGGUGACCGGAAAUGCCCCCACGACCCUGCGGAACUUCUGCAGCUGGCAGCACCAGCAGAACACGGCUGAUGACGCACAUCCGGCGCACCACGACACCGCGGUACUGCUGACGCGCCAGGAUCUGUGCAGCUCACGUGACGUGUGCUCUACGCUGGGAUUGGCUGAGGUGGGCACGAUGUGCGAGUCGCACCGCAGCUGCUCCAUUAGCCAGGACAACGGGCUCAGCGCAGCCUUCACCAUCGCGCACGAGAUCGGGCACGUGUUUAACAUGCAGCACGACAGCCACCGGAGCUGUGCGGCCGUGCUGGCACGGGAGGGCCGGUACAACCUGAUGGCGCCCACCCUGAACGGGGACAACACCCACCCCUGGGCCUGGUCCCGCUGCAGCUCACGGGCGCUGAGCAACUUCCUACGGGCCGUACCUGUUGGCCGGUACAACCAGAUGGCUCCCACUCUGAACGGGGACAACACGCACCCAUGGGCCUGGUCCCGCUGUAGCUCUCGGGCACUCAGUAACUUCCUACGGGCCGGUGUUUAUCAUGUACCUGUGGGCCGGUACAACCUGAUGGCUCCCACCCUGAACGGGGACAACACGCACCCCUGGGCCUGGUCCCGCUGUAGUUCACGGGCGCUCAGCAACUUCCUACGGGCCGUACCUGAGGGCCGGUACAACCUGAUGGCCCCCACCCUGAACGGGGACAACACCCACCCCUGGGCCUGGUCCCGCUGUAGUUCACGGGCACUCAGUAACUUCCUACGGGCCGUACCUGAGGGCCGGUACAACCUGAUGGCGCCCACCCUGAACGGGGACAACAAGCAUCCCUGGGCAUGGUCCCGCUGUAGCUCACGGGCACUCAGCAACUUUCUGCGGGCCGUCACCCGGGAGGGCCGGUACAACCUGAUGGCGCCAACCCUGAACGGGGACAACACGCACCCCUGGGCAUGGUCCCGCUGUAGCUCACGGGCGCUCAGCACCUUCCUACGGGCCGUACCUGUGGGCCGGUACAACCUGAUGGCGCCCACCCUGAACGGGGACAACACUCACCCCUGGGCAUGGUCCCGCUGUAGUUCACAGGCGCUCAGUAACUUCCUACGGGCCGGGCGAGGAAGCUGCCUCCACGACCCCCCGACCGGCCCGGGCCGCAAGCUGCCGAGAGACCACCCCGGCCAGCUGUUCGCUGUGGACCAUCAGUGCGAGCUGGUCUUCGGGAAGGGGUCCACACUCUGUCCAUUUAUGAGGGGGACCACCUGCUCCAAGCUGUGGUGUACGACCAUGGUGAAAGGACAGCGGGUGUGCCAGACGUACCACAUGCCCUGGGCGGACGGGACGUCGUGCGGGAGAAACAGGUGGUGCCAGGAGGGUAAAUGCACGGAAAAGCGGGAGGCUGUCCGUGUGGACGGCGGCUGGGGCCCGUGGGAGGCCUGGGGCUCGUGCAGCAGGACCUGCGGGGGCGGGGUGCAGGCCGCCCCGCGGAAGUGCGACAGCCCCGCCCCGAAGAACGGCGGGGACUUCUGCCGGGGCGAGGCGGUGAAGUACCGGUCCUGCCGCACGGACCCCUGCCCGGUCGCGCGCAGAAACGACGGCAAGGACACCUUCAGAGAGGAGCAGUGCGGAAAGUUUGACGGCCAGCACUUCAACAUUAACGGGCUGAACAGGUACACGCGCUGGGUGCCCAGGUACUCAGGUGUGUCGCUUAAGGACAGCUGUAAACUCACCUGUAGGGUUGCCGGGACAACCACGUUCUACACGCUCAGAGAAAAGGUGAGAAAUAACCAUUUAGACGGCACCCCGUGCGGGCCUGAGAUCAGUGGAGUCUGUAUCCAGGGCCAGUGUCAGAAGACGGGCUGUGAUAACAUCCUCGGCUCCACCGCCAAACGCGACAAGUGCGGCAUCUGCGGCGGGCGAGGAGCGUCAUGCUCCAAAGUCUCAGGAUCCUACAACAAGGUUGGUUACGGCUACCGCACGGCGCUGGAGAUUCCUGCCGGAUCCACGCGUAUCGAGAUCCGCCAGGUGUCCUACAACGGGAAAAAGGUGGACGGGAACUACCUCGCUGUUCGCAACGACAAGGGGAAAUACUUCAUCAACGGGGGAUACGUCAUCCGCAUGGCUGCUGUGGACGAAGUCGACAUCGGAGGUGCUGUGUUAUCCUACAGUGGUUCCGAUACUGUGGAGGAGAAAGUGUCCAUACGCGACCGGACGCAGGAGAAGUUGAUCAUCGAAGUCAUAUCAUCAGAGUAUGCUCCACCCCAGGUGAAAUUCUCGUAUCUCGCGCCGAAGUCGUCCACGCAGUUCGCGUCCGAGGCGAGCCAGAGAGAAAACACGCGGACAAGAACUCGUAUGCUCGCCCCUCAGGCACCUACAAGACCCAGUCCCAAUGUAGGACGAUCUACGUGGUACACCGGGUCCUGGGGAGGGUGUUCUAAGUCGUGCGGGCACGGGGAGAAGAGACGGAGUGUCCAGUGUAUGGACCAGUACGGGCGGCCGAGCAGAGGCUGCAACAAUGCAGAAAAGCCUGCCGAAACCGCCCGGUGUUACGCGAGCCGCUGCGGGGAGUGGAUAUACGGGGGUUGGAGCGAGUGUUCCAAACCGUGCGGGCGGGGAGUACAGCUCAGACUGGUCGGCUGUAGGCUCACGAACGGAGCGAUAGGCCCCGAUAGAGAGUGCGACUUGAACACGAGACCUUCGGACUCGCAGGAAUGCAACACUUCGUCUUGUUCCUCCCGUCGGUGGUACAGAUGACGACGGGAGAGCUCUUAGUGCUCUUGAACUUGACUUCUAGGAUUCUUUAAAAAGUUCACGACUUGGCCAAGCUCCUUGAGAAUCUACAAACACUCAAGGAAGAGCAUCCCAAGGAAUGUGAGAACAAGCCUUAAGGAGGUGCGAAGUAAGAAAGAGUGAAGGACACAGACUUCACAAUCUUGGCCUUAAGAUUGCGGCACAGGUAUGUGACAGACAAAAAAGAGGCCACAGUGAUGUACAGAAUUCUUUCUAUUUGGCAAUGUUGAAAACAUGUCUGUCAAAAAGUCAAAUACUGCAUGGCAGCCUCAGACCUCACAAAAUGUCAGUAAGAAUACGACGCCCUGUACAUACUGUUACACCAUCUCAAACUUACUUGUUAUAGUUGGAGAGAAUUGAGGAAUAUGUACUGUCAACAAAAUGGCUGCAAGCCAACUCAGAGAGCAACCUUUCAUGUGAAUAUUCACAGCCCGAUAUUGGCUGGUAGACUUCUUAUUAACAUGCAAUGAAUCUCAGAGUGUCACCCAUUGAGGCAUGUGUUCACAGAUCUGACUGGUACAGUUUUAAGAUAUCUCCGCUCUCCUUGGAGCAAGUGUUUCUUCGGACUGGGUGUUUCUCAUAACAAAGGGAAUAAUAUUAGUGCCUUUCUCAUUGGGGCCUGCCUGAGAUUUGAACCCAUAACCUUUCGAUCGACAACCACCAGAGCACCCUGCCAUCCCUUGUGCUUAUGACUUAUACAGCAACUGACUGUAGAGUUGUUCCGAACACGCCACCUUUCCUGGGUGCUGGAGAGACCCCAGACUGCCCUGACGAUGUCCAGGACCCUGCUCUUGUGUACGUGAGCGUUCCCAGUCUGCUACUUAAUGAAAUGUUCUCAUGUCAGUCACCUUUCGGCAGGCCCACUCUCGGUAGCCUGGUAACCACACCAUCGGGCACUCGCCGUUUUCUCUACGGUGCUGUAGUGGCAGCCGGCCCGUCCAGUUAAUCAGCGCAGGUCGGGGAAACUUUUACGGGGUUUGAUUAGGUCUUGAAAACUCAAAAGGCCGGCUACAAGCUCUAGUGGCGAAAUACCAAAAGACCGGCUAAUCAUACAGGCUCACAGAAGCACCCCAAAGCCGACUAGCGGAUACUGGUGACCAGGCUAACUCUCGGGGAGGUGGUCUGCCGUGUGUGGUGAAGAAGGACGGAGAUAAAACGGCGCGGUGAGGAAUAGCAGACUCUGCUCGCGUGUGCAACGGACGUCCUGUGAUAUCCUGGCCUCAUGCACGGCGGGGACAUUAGCCAAGAUGAUGCAAUAUCUCUUCUGGCAGGAAAAUGUCUCUAAACACAUGUAGUUGUCAACGCAGUUGAUUUCAAGGGCGUGUCUACUAUGAAAAGUGAAAAAAGGCGGCUAUGAUUAAGCCAACGACAAAACAAAUCACAAAUAUCUUUUGCUGGCUCUUUUUUACGCUAUCAUCAGCUCUCUUGAGGAUUCAGAAAAAUACAUGUAGUUGUCAUCAGCUCUCUUAAGGAUUAAAGUUUGCAAAGGAAAGUCCACAUAUCUUGUGAGUACACUUGAGACAAAUGCGGAGUCUAAGGAGGAAGUCUUAGCUGUCAUCUUGAAAUUUCCCCGAGGACCACAGAUGGAAUCUUUGCCACAAAUAUCCUGCAUGUGGCAGGCUAGAUCACAGGAACAACUUUAAGGAGUCUUAGCUGACGUCUUGAAAUUUCCUUGAGGACCACAGAUGGAAUCUUUGCCACAAAUAUCCUGCAUGUGGCAGGCUAGAUCACAGGAACAACUUUAAGGAGUCUUAGCUGACGUCUUGAAAUUUCCUUGAGGACCACAGAUGGAAUCUUUGCCACAAAUAUCCUGCAUGUGGCAGGUUAGAUCACAGAAACAACUUUAAGGAGUCUUAGCUGACGUCUUGAAAUUUCCUUGAGGACCACAGAUGGAAUCUUUGCGACAAACAUCCUGCAUGUGGCAGGCUAGAUCACAGGAACAACUCCAAGGCUUUUUGGGAAUAUUUGGCAGGACCAUUAUCUACUUCUUGGGGUGGCAGCAAGUGAGGGAUAAACCUUGGUCAUUACCCGGAUAUUCUGAGGACUCAAACCUGGUGACAACACCAACACUUGUUUGUUAGAGUCAGAAGAACCCGAUACCUGUACCUCGAACUGCCGCAAUUUGUGGUGAUUCUGUUGCUGUAUUCUAUCAAAAAAUGUUGAACACAAUUGCAACAUCGUGACACUACUACCUGCAACACAUUCUGAUCAUGAGGAACUACAACUUGAACAGUCAAAUUCAUAAGUCUGUGUUAUCAAAAAAGGAAUUUCAAAGUUGAAGGACAUGACAAGAACAUGGAUGCAAUGGUACAUCAUCACUUGCAACAUCAUCACAAUGUUCCAGAGUGCCACAGGAUGCAACAACUGUCACAGCUGGAGGAGUUUGCUGUAAUAAAAACACAACUUAUACUGUCUGUACAGUUUGUGUCAGAGUUGCAGCUCGACAGUGAUAAGUGUACAUCAUGUGAGCAGCAAUGUCCAUCAGCCAGUUGUACUUCAUCUGGGACUACUUGAAUGUCAAGUUGAAGCCCAUUUCCAAAGGAUGAUAAACAGUGCUGUAACAACAGGAAUACUGUGAAAGGUUCAGAAGAAGAAGAAGAUUGCUGCACAGUUUGUUUCAGCUGAACUAUAGUACUGCACAAGUCCACUAGCCAGUUGUACUGUAUCUGGGACUACUUGAAUGUCAAGUUGAAGACUAUUUCCAAAGGAUGAUAAACAGUGCUGUAACAACAGGAAUACCGUCUGUGUGCGUCAGAAGAAAAUCGAUUUGUGACAGAGUUGCAGCUCAACAGAGUACUGCUCAAUGUCUACUAUUCAGUUGUACUACAUCUCGGACCACUUGAAGACUAUUUCCAAAGGAGUAUAAACAGUACUGUAGCUGAGCAACAGGAAUACCGUCUGUGUGCGUCAGAAGAAAUCGGUUUGUGACAGAGUUGCAGCUCAACAGAGUACUGCUCAAUGUCUACUAUUCAGUUGUACUACAUCUGUGACCACUUGAAGACUAUUUCCAAAGGAGUAUAAACAGUACUGUGACACCAACAGGAAUUCUGUGUGAGUGCUUCAGAAGAAAACGGACAGUUUGUGACAGAGUUGCAGCAGCCUCCAGCAGCUGGCCGGCCUCAGUAUCAGCCGCUAUGACGUGCCUCAGUCUGCAGACCUCCUCACCGCCACGGGCGUCCUCGGUAAUGUUGAAAGCUACAUCCUAGUCAGGUCCUGUCACUCCGUAUCACUUCCACCGGGGGCACCAGCUGGACAAUACCAAAAUAUCUCUAAAAUGUUUUUGAAAAGAUUCUCACCUUCUAUAACGAGCUUUGGCAUCAGUGAAUCUCUAUGACGUCCAUCUAAAUCCAUGCAAAUUUAUGACAUGAUUUUUGUGCUCGUCUUUGUUCAGCUCUAUUGCCGUUACCCAUCUGAAGUGAUAGGGACUUCUAAUGUCCUAGAUAUGUCAAUUAAUUUAUUUCUGCUUUGAACCUUCUUGAUACAUGACUGCCAUUACAUACUAUUACUUACAUAAGUGGUUGUAACAUGUCUGUAAGUGUUGUUUAAUAAGUUCAAACAAAAUUGUCAUUCCUCAUUGUACUUCCAUGCUCCAAUGGAAAGGGUUGCAGUUCCCAGGAUAAAAACCCUGCAGUUGCAAGUUGCAGUCCCCUCUAUCUUAAGAAAACGAGCUUGGAAAUUCCCUGGUACAUUGAGCCUGUAUAAUCAUGCUGUACAUACUAUUUGUACAACUUGUUGAAACUGGUGGAAGAAUAGCUUUGCAGUAAGCCAAACUGAAACUUUCAGCUAAACAUAACAGAGACACUGAUUUGUUUUUUGUAAAACAUCCAAAAAUCCAGGUGACAAAGGCAAUUUUCUACCCAUUAACUCUUAAACUCUUAAGUUGACCACCCAGUGUAGGCAAUCUCUUCUCUGUCUUCUGUCAUUUAGAUGCUUAAGUGAAAGUUAAAUCUGAGAUCCAGACAAUGAAAACACUUGAGACACACAGAACUUGUUGUGUACAUCCUAACAAAAGACACUCUGUCCCACUGAGAGCUGGAACACAAAAACACACAGUUGCAGCAAAGUCCCAACAUCAACACCCUCUUCCCAAACACCCUGGCUUCCGUCAGGCUGUGGCUAGCGGAGAGAGGUUGAGUAAUUGAAACAUAAUAUACAACUUGACAUGGCUUGUACCGCUUACUUCUCUCUUUCUUCCAAGAAGUGGAGAGUAAAACUGAAUCAGUCCCAGGAAACACAAGCUAGUGUGACCGCAGGAUUGUGAUAAUGGACUGUUUAUAACUGUGAUAAGCUCCCAACUUGUUAAAACAUCAAAAGAUACGCCUGAAAAACAAUGUACAAAAUAGCGGAAACGUAAAACAAGAUUGCGCAACAAUGUGACCCUAUCGAGGACUCAGCAAACGUUUGUCGCCUUCCCCAUGCAGUGCUACUUGACCUGUAACUUAUACAAAGCUGGUGCCAAAAUAAGGAAAGCACCAACAAAGACAAAGUUGAAAUCACAAAGAUCUUGCAACUGUUUCCCAGUAUUUCUAGUAUCUAAAAAUAUUACCAAUCUUUGCUCUAUUAGUGAUUGGCAGAAUGACUUUUAACAAUUGAUUUUAUCAAUUUUAGAUAGGUUGUAAAAUUCAUACAGUUUCCAUCUGUUAAGAAUCUGAAAAGAAAUAGUUUAGAAAUAUUUCAACUUUGAUCUGCUGCCGUUGAUGACAUACAGAUUAAACAUGAGUUUUGUAAGUUAAACAUGUUCUCUUUCAUGACCAUGAUAAAUUACCCCAAACCUGAGGGGACCUCCCCUACACUGGUUUGCUAACCCCUGACUCCAAUAAUACUCCUCAAGCAACCCAGCCAGGCCACAGGGGGCCUGCAUAUACCCUGUUAUGUAGCGUGUUAACAGCCAUUCUACUUGUAAUUCCACAUGAUUUUUUGCUAGGCAGCUCAAAAUUCGCGUAGAGUGUAACCAGUGAAUUCUAUGUCAAGUUAACAUAUUUGGUGCCUGAAUUUAGCAUUAAGCAAAGUCAGAAUGUCUAUAUAGCACUUAAUCCCAUCGCCUCUCCAUAUCCAAAGGUAGCCCCCCAUACACACCCCCUACAUGUAUCAUGGGUUCAGUGAAUUCUAAUGAACAUAUUUGGUGCAUACAUUUUGAGUUAAGCAAAGCCAGAACGCCCAUUUUAUCAGCCUCGCCAUGUGCAUGUCUGAAGGUAGCACCCCAUGCAUGCUCCCUACCAUGGGUCUGGGCCAUGUAGGGACAGAGGUAUGGAAGUCAGUGUAAGGUAGCCCCCCAUAUACAUCCCCUACCAUGGGUACAGGCCAUGUAGGGACAAAGGUAUGGAAGUCAGCAUUCCAUGCAGAAAUUCCAGGAGAAUCUGUCAGCAGCUGGGUGGAAGGAAGCUGAGAAUGGGGAAAAGUGUGUAAUAUAAGCCACAUGUAGCUCUCAGCAUUUCACGGCCCAAAGACUGGCAAUGGUUUGCAUAUGUCCACUUAUAGGGGGAGUGAGCUUUAAGAAAUGGUACAUUGAGCCUGUCAUGUCAUACCGUACAUAACAUCUGCACAAGUUGUUGAAAGGGAUGGUAGAAUAGCUUUCCAGUAAGCCAAACUGAGAGUAUCAGCUAAACGUAACAGAGACACUCAUUUUUUUGGUAAAACAUUAAAAAAUCCAGAUGUCCAAGGCAAAAGCAUCUGUAAAAUGCUUCGAUGGAUAACGUUUAUGUGGGGUCAUGUGGCAUAACUGUAAGGUGUUUGGCCCAGGACAAUAAAGUCCUGGGUUUGAAUCAUGACAUGCCACUGAUGUUGUGCCUUUGGAAAAUGCACUUUACACGACUUUCCUCACUCCACCUAGGUGUGAAAAUGGAUCCCUGACUUUUUUUUGCCUAAUAUAAGCUCCAAGGGCAUUAAGUUUUCAAUAUGUAGUGCCAUGAUACAAUGUUCAAUUCAUCAAAUCAAACCAUUCAUUUUACUAAAAUUAAUGAAUGUUAAACAUUGAUUUUUCCAAAUGAACUGGAAUUCUUUACCUCCUAUUUUUUCACUCCAAAUUGACAAACUAGAAACAGGAGUAUAGAGUGCUACCAUGUGGUCUUGGCCGUGGGGCAGCAUUCUCCUUCCCAGGAUAGAUCUGGAGCAGAUUCUCUUCCCCAGGGCACUGUAUAAACCUCUCAAUGAGACCAUAAAUCUCGCCACUUUCAGCAGAUGGCCACAUUGCAGAACUGCCACAAAUCCAGACAUUGUAGCAAAGUCUGUCUGAUGGAAAACAGCUUUAGAUUGAAAAAGAUAAAAAUCUUGACAAUGGCCUUGUAGAACGAUGAGAUCAUAAAUCACCCUGUAUCAAAAUGAUCCUAUUAAAAGGCUUUUAUUUUUUUGCCUCUUUAGAGUUCUAAUAUCUAAAUGUCCUGACAUGAUCUUUUAGAGUAAAAAAGCUGUCAAGGAUUGCUGAGAAUAUAAAAGCCCACAAUUUUCUAGGCCUUAAAGAUGAGGAGUUUAUAUCAUGAAUUGCAAUAAUUGCUCGACACAGGGAAAAAAAUUUAACCUCACUGUUCUGUUUGUUUUUAACUUUCUUCCUGCUGUCUUACCCUGCAACCUAUACAUAUUCGAUGAGAAACAGCUACCUUAGCAUGCUGGUUGUUAAAUCUCUGUAGAAACCCAUUGAUAAAUCAUGUUCUGGUGGCCUUACAUGGAGACUUUAGGUAUGCUUUGAUCCUGUCAUAGUUACAGGCAGUGCUGGAGACUCACAGACAAAUGUGGAGUUAGAAGUGACAACUCCAUGACAUUCUCGCUUGUCAAACUGGCCCCUAACAAGCCAGCAACAGGAAAACUGCCGUAAGGGGUAGGGUUUAAGUUGGAAAACGUGCUGCUAUGUUUGGCACUUAUCAGGGAGAGAGCGAUAAAAAAUCACACAGCUGAGAGACACUCUCUCAGUUUGAUUGGGUCAA